AUGUACAACAAUCAGGAAGGAAUUCUAGAUUCGAUUGUUUCAAAUGAUAAAAUACAAUUAAGAGGAGGAGGUAUUUGCUCAUCCAAGCCAAAAAAUAUACAAUAGACUAAUCCAAUUGAGGAAUUGUAGAUAAAAUUACAAUAAUUUAAGAAAAUCAGAGGAGAACUUGAUUAACAACUAUAAACAAUAUUAAUCAAAGAAUGUUUAGAUUUAAUUGUGAACAUCUAUAAGGGUGAGAUUAAAAAUAUUGAUUAUCACCAAUUAUUUUAUUAAGAUAUUGAAUGGAUAGAUACAUAUUUGAGAAAUGAAGACGGUUUAUCUAGAUAAUGUUGUUUAUAGUAUUACUUAGAAUUGAUUAGCAUUUCUUUAAAAAAUUUGUUAAUGGACGUAUCACAAAGGGAAACAAGUAUUAAUAUCAUAGACUUAUUUAUAAAAAUUUCAAAGGAACAAAAUAAUAAUUCAAAGGAAAAAAAUAAUAAUUCAAGCAUCUCAUAAUUAAUUGAAACUGCUAGUAUUUUACUUAUAGAUGUUUAAUCUAGAUAUUACUAUUAAUUGUAAAAAUUUGAAACAUAUUAUUUUUUUAAUACUUUGAGUUAAAUAAUAAAAGAGUUGGUUGUUUAAGGUGUAUAAGUCGAUAUUCAAAAAAACCUUGAUAAUAUUAAAAAUGACUACAUAUAAAAUUCAUCAAAUUGGACUCUCCAUAAUUACUGGGUAGAGAUUUCAGUUGAUCUACUUAUUUUUUGUUACAAAUUUAAGGAAUAAAAUAAACAUUAACCCUCUAAAGCAUAGAAAGCCGAUAAAAUUAUAUCAUAUAUUUGGAAUAGUAAAAAUAUAUUUGAAAUUUAUAUCAACGAUUUCCAUUAUAAAGAAUUUUAAAACAAUAGUUGGGAAUAGAUGAAUAGAGAUAAUCAUGAAUUUUAUAGGUUAUAGAGAAUAUUAAGUAUGUUUACAAGCUUAGUUUAAUAAAUUAAGACUAAAUUCUAAGAUUUUUCAUAAUAUAUAGAUUUGAGCGUAUAACAGAUUUUCUAAAUCAUAUAUCAUGAUUUUAAGUUUAUUGAUAUCCAUCUCUUAGAAAUAUACCAGUCAAUUUAUAAGAUUGAAAAAAAAUAAAAUGACCAAUUAAUGAGAUCUUUGAUUGCAACUAUACAAGAUGAAAUCAAAAACCAUUUUUGGAUUAACAGUAUAGUUGAUUACUAUUGCUAACUUUAAAUGAUCGAAAAUGGUUAUGUAAGACAAUCAGUUUUGGAUGAUAUUAAGGAAUUAUUGAAUAGCCAAAUUGAAAAAUUCAGUUUGAUUGUAACUGAUGUUUAAAACCUUAUUCUACAAGAAAGAAUAUCAAAAUCAAAUAUAUAAUUUCAAGACAUUGGUAUUAAAAAGAUAUUUUAAUCAUAAUAACAUUAUUCAUCAUAAUCGUCUCCUACCAUAGAAACACAGAAAGAUUUACAAUUAAAAAUUAACAUUCAUCUCUAAUAAUAUAAGAUAAUUAAUUUAUUCCAGAAAAUCAAAAAUUUCAAGCAUGGUCAAACCAAUCCUGACCUUCCAAACGAAAUCAAAAAUAAAAUUACUGAAUUAAAACAAUUAAUUAUAAAAAUAAGAAAUCCUGAAUAACUAAACUAUUGUAUUGAAGAAUUUUACAAGAUAAAAAGAAAUUACUGUUUUAAUCACCUAAGCUAUAUAUUCAUAGAAUCAACUAUAAUAGGUUUUUGGGAUGAACCAGAAUUUCCAUUAAUUUAUAAAUCAUUAUAUUAAGAAUUUGAAUAAAUAAGAGGCUGUUCAAAUGAGGAUACACAUAAAAUAAAAUAAUCCUUAAAAUUUCAUCUUUAAAUAAUCGAAGAUAAGUAAUUGAUAAUUUACCUUAGAAAUAAAAUAUUGCCUGUCUUAAAAAACUUGAAUAAUUUAAAUGCACCAUCAUAAACAAAUUAUGAAUAAUAAAAUUUUUUUGAUAUUUUGACGUAAUUUGAUUCUGCUAGCAAUUUAUCGACUGGAAGCUAAGAAUAAGGUGAAGAGAGUUAGGAGCUGAAAACAAUCAUCAAAAGGAAAGCUGAUAACAUGAGACGAAAAACAAACAAAAUUGAAAUUGCCUUAAACACUUAGAAUAAAAGGUAUGAUGACCUUAAGAAUCAGUUUGUUAAUGUAGGCUAAACUAGAUAAUUAUUCAAAGGAUUUGGAUCUAGUUAAGAUCCAAAAGAUUCUUUAGAUGCUGAAAUUAAUGACUUUAUUUGGUCAAAAUAGAAUCAAAAUGUCGUGUUAGUAAUAUCUGGUCCAAAUGGAUGUGGUAAAACAAAUACUUUGAAGAAAUUAGAAAAUUAGUUGUUAUAACAUUAUAAAGCCAAUCCAUAUGGGCACAAUUGGAUUCCAAUUUACGUAAAUCUUUUGAGUAUACAUGAACCUGAAAAGAACCUAUUGAACAAAGCCAUACUCUCUAAAUACAGAUAACUAAAUAAAAUGCUCCAAGAAUUUUACUUAGCAAUUCUUAAAGGCCAAGAAAAUGUUGUAUUAAUUUUGGAUAGUAAUUAUAUAACCAAUAAUCUGGAUUUGUUAAAUUAAUUCAAGAAAAAAAUAAAGAAUCUCAAUUAAAAUGUGACUUUAAAAAUUAUUAUAUCAACAAGAAAAGAUUUUAAUUCCUUGUAGAUUAUUAGGAAAAAAAACAUUCAAUUUACAGAAAUAUAACUUAUUAAUAGUAGUCAAUAGUAAGAAUACAUAAAGUAAUCAUAUAAAUCAAUAGUUAAAGUAUAGUAAGAUUCAGAAGCAGAAGUUGAUUUAAUUUUUUAAACGAUUCCAAAUUUCUAUAUUAUUCCAGAGAAUAGUGAAGAGAAUUUGAAGAAUGAAUUGAAGAAAUUUAUUACAGAAGAAGACUUUGAAAGAUUAUCUUAGAAAAUGAAGAAAAUGAAAAACUUCUUUGAAAACAUUCUGAAUCCAUACUUGAAAGAUAUACUUCUCACUCCUUUGUUGCUUAAAAUAGCGAUUAAACAUUUUCAACGCUCAGAAAAUUUAGAAAACUUACUCUCUAUAAAUAUUAAUGGAAGAGUUAAGGCUCGUAAAGAGGAUCAAGAGCUGAUUUUAUUGCCAAAUAAUUCAUAAAUUUAUUCAAAAUAUAAAGUUUUAACAGAAUUCAUGAAAAAGUGUCUCUAUCAAAGAAAAAAAAAAAAUUAAUCCCCAGACAGGCAAAUUACUUUCAAAGACCUUUUGAUCAAUUUAAAAUAAUCCUAAAUACUAAUAAAUAAUUAGGGAGAUCUAGGUCUUGAAAUUUCAAAAAUAGAGUCCAUAAAUAAUAGUAAAUUGAUUGCUUUUAAUAAUAACUAAAUAUAAUUUCUUCAUAAAUAAAUUCUAGAUCUCUUCAUUGCCGAAAAAAUUGCACAAUUAUUUUUUAAAAGUAGAGAUGAAAUCAUUAACUUCUUGAAUAAUGAAUAAGUUAAUUUAUCAUAACAACAUUAUGAAGGUGUUGUUGAAUUAUUAGUUGAUCCAUAGGAAAAUAGGUUACAAAAAAUAAAUACUCUCUCAAAUAUUGUAAAGCUAUCAAAAACAGACAAAUAGAAAGUUAGAGCUUCAUCGAAUGCAAUAUUUUUAUUAUCUAAACUGGGAGCUCGUUUAGAAGGUUAGGAUUUCAAAGGCAUUGAAAUUGAAAAUACUAGUAUGAUAGGAUUAAAUGCGAUUUAAUGUGACUUUACCUAAUGUAAAAUUACAAACGUUGAAUUGGAUUUUGCCAAUUUUCAUGGUUGCAAAUUGAUUAAUUCUGAAUUUAAUGAUGUUUCAUGUUGUGAAUUUCCAGAAAUAAACGAAGAAGAUGUAGUCUUAUAUGACUUUGUACAAUGUUGCUAAUAUUCCCCUGAUGGAAAGAAGUUAUUGAUCGUAUCUUCUAAAAAGACUUUAUUUUAUAAUAUAGAUUAGAACACAUACGUUAGGAUUUUUUAAUUAGUUGAUUCUUUUUGUUUUCAUCCAAUUAAAAAUAUUUUGGUGACUUUUUCAAAACAAGGAUUACAAUUUUGGCAGAUUGACGAGGAACCUAAAUUAAUGCCAGAAUUUGAUAAAUUGUAAGAAUUCAAAGGAUAAAAAUUGAUAUUCUCAUAAGACGGGAAAUGGUUGGUUCUUUGUAAUAACUAAAGUGUAAGCAUUAUGAACAUAUCCACAAUUUUGUAUAAUAAAUAAGUUUAACCCGAGGAUGUUAAUUAAAUUCCAAAUUUUAAUUACAAUGAGAACGACUAAUUCAACUUUAGUAUAGAUUUGUUGUAAUUCAGAUUUGAGACAAAUUAACUUCUUAAAUUCAAUCCACAAACACAACAGUGUGACAACAUAAAAGAUUUUGAUGAAAAUUGUAAAGCUUAAACAUUUUCUCCAUCAGGCAAAUAUAUUGCUUUUGCUAAUAUAAAUAGCAAAGAGGUAAUUAUAUACAAUAUCUCUAAUAAAGAGAAAUUUUUAGAUUCAAUAAUUGAACAGAAAAUCAAUACUAUUUAAUUUUCUAAAAAUGAAGAGUAGUUGUAUUUAGUGACAGAAAAUCACAAUCAGAUAUAAAUUUAUUUUAUUAAAGAAAGAAAUAGUAUGCGAGAGCUUUAAUAUAUAUAAGUUAUUCGAUUGAAUCAGAGAGUAAAUUCUCUUUAAUUUCAUCCAAAAGAUCUGUAAUUUUUAGUAGUUGCUAAAAAUGGAGAAAUUUUGUUUUUUAAUUACAAAUAGGAUUCAAAUCAAUAUCAAAUGUCCAAAAAAAUCACUUACUUAGAUGAAUUAUGUUUUCUAAAUACCGAUAUAUCUUCAUUAAAAAUUACAUCUAAAAUUCCACAACAGAAUUUGCAUAAAUUAUUUAAGUAAAAAGGAGCCAAGAAUUGA